CUACUAUAUAACAAUAAACAGCUUUUGUAAUAAUGGACAUACCAUUUCCUGAAACGCUACCGCGUUUCAUCGACUCGAAAUGGUUUAGUGCAGACACCCCUUGCGACGAAGACGCAGAGUUGACGGCUUUGGAGCAAUCAAACCAGAACUGGUUUAAAUUUAUUUCGUUACAGUUAAGUAAUGUUGGGCAGCAAUACAAGGAUCGGGCGCCGCUGGGGAAGGCCGACCCGGAGCCCAUGGAGGAGUGUGAAUCGGAAGAGGAAGAGGAUUCAGUCCAAAUAGUGGAAGACUCAGACGAAGUAGAGGAGGAGCCAGAACCUCCAAACAUGAACCACGAUGUGGACUUGUUGCGAAUACACGAGGAUUCUAGCCACGACGACGAGGCUGGCAACGUCUACAACGAACAAGACACGCACAAAAUCGGAGACGACUCUGAUGACGAUUUACAAUCUGACAACUCGCCGCCGUCAACAGAAAACUGGGGUGAUGACGACCACAACGUUUGUUGUGGUGCUGCCGCUGGCAACGACGAGUCUGACGAAUCAGAAGAAUCUCACGACGAGGACGAGGAGGAGGAUCUGCAGCAGAGCUACCCGCCGCCGCGCAGCGAGCAGCCGCGCACCCUGGACCUGACCGACUCCUCGGAACCCAACAUGUCUGACCAGGGCACUCUGUGGCCGUAGCCGGGAAUUCACUCAUCCCGAUUUAUAAAAAGGACGAAAGAGUGUUAAGUUUAACCCUUUGACCGCCGUUGGC